GCCAUCCCCAGACACGUGUGCGGCACCCGGAAGCGGCGCCGGGACCGGCCCGGGUUCGGGGCUGCAGGCCAGCAUGAUCCUGGGAUCUGGGCCGGUGGUGCAGGCGCUGCUGGGGACGUUCCUCACCUGGGGGCUGACGGCAGCGGGCUCGGCGCUGGUGUUUGUGUUCUCCAGUGGGCAGAGGCGGAUCCUCGAUGGGAGCUUGGGCUUCGCCGCAGGGGUCAUGCUGGCUGCAUCCUACUGGUCCCUGCUGGCCCCAGCCAUCGAGAUGGCCGAGGAAUCCGGCACCUUUGGAGCCUUCUCCUUCUUCCCAGUGGCCGCAGGCUUCGCUCUGGGAGCAGCGUUCGUGUACGGGGCCGACCUGCUCAUCCCAGUGCUGGGGUUCACUGGCCCUUCCCACGCCGCCCUGGCCCUGAGCUGUGACCAGCGAGCCGUGAAGGAAAAGCAGGAGCAGGCGCCUGGCUGGGACGUCGGGAGCGAGCUGUCCAUCCGGAUAGACAAGGCUGAGAACGGGGAGCCCUACCAGAGGAGGAGGGGAGCGGGGCCCCCCCUGCCCGAGGGCCCCCCGGCAUUCCCGGCGCCCCGGGACGGAGCCCCCGCGGCCGGGAGCAGCAGCUGGAGGAGGAUUAUGCUGAUGAUCCUGGCUAUAACCAUCCACAACAUCCCAGAGGGCCUGGCAGUGGGAGUUGGAUUCGGGGCCAUUGGAAAAUCCGCGUCCGCCACAUUCCAAAGUGCCAGGAACUUAGCCAUUGGGAUUGGGAUCCAGAACUUCCCGGAGGGCCUGGCUGUCAGCCUGCCCCUGCGUGGGGCUGGAUUUUCCACAUGGAAAGCCUUCUGGUACGGGCAGCUGAGCGGGAUGGUGGAACCCCUGGCCGGCAUCUUCGGCGCCUUCGCCGUGGUGCUGGCGGAGCCGCUCCUGCCCUACGCGCUGGGAUUCGCCGCCGGAGCCAUGGUCAACGUGGUGAUGGACGACAUCAUUCCCGAGGCACAGACCAGCGGCAACGGGAAGUUGGCAUCCUGGACCUCCAUCCUGGGAUUUGUGGUGAUGAUGUCCCUGGAUGUGGGGCUGGGAUAAGGGCACUGCUGCACUCCCAGGAGAAGACUUCAGAGCCCCGUGUGCUCCCGCGGGACUGGGAGCCGGACACGCGUUAUCCCGGGACUGGAUCUGUACAUAGAUGUUUUGGGAUCUGGUUUGGUGUUGAUUCCCUCUAAUUUUAUAUCUCCCCCUCCCCUCCGAGUUCCUGGCGAUGGUUUCCAAGCACAAAGAUGGGUGGAUCCUUCCAGAUCCUGCCUUGGUUUUUCCUCUUGGAAGGGGCGCUGGAUGACGCUGGGCUGGUUUCCCCAAGGAAAGGGCCCUCGGGAUUUGGAUCCUCUCCGUUCUGUCGGAGGUCAGGAAUUCCCUGUCCCGUGUGGAGGCUGGUCUGGGGUUAAUCCUGAGGCAUUGCAAUGGAGUACACUCCUUACGGAGUCUGGAAUUCCACCCUUUUUUUGGGAAGGCAGGUGGAAAGCAUUAAGACUGAUAAACUGGGGGCUCAGAGGUCUCCCAGAGCCUGCUGCUCCUCGGGAAUGCUGCAGGGAAUCGGUUCGGAUGGAUGCAGACAGUCCAGGCAAAUAAAGAUGAAUUUUCUUGGGAUCUCUGCAAGAGGGAAAUGUCAUUUUUUUUCCUAAACGUCUCUCAGAGGGGGCACUGUUUCCCAUGUGCUGUGUCCAAUGUUCCGGGGUUUUCUAUGGGAAAAGCACCAGGAAAGGAGGAUUUGAGUGCUUCCUGUGGCAGGCAAGGUGUGGGCUCCACACUGUCCCUGCCUGGUGCUGUCCAGCGGGACGCGAUUCCAUGUGCAGCUGCUCGGCCUUCCCAAGGGAUUGCUGGAUUUCAGCUGCUGCUCCCAGUGAUCCGUAACUCCUGGAAGAGCCAAGCCAGGCUCCUGGUCACCCUUCACCUGCAGGAGGAGCAGGAGCCGAGCCAGCACCGGAGCAUUCCGGGAGCCCUCGUUGGGAUGAAUGAAUGAAUCCCUCAGGAUGAGUUCAUUAUCCCACCUGGAGAGCCACAAACGUGCACGGAGGUUUCCUGCCUCUUCUCCUGAUGCUUUCCAAGCAUUUCCUGUGGAACAGCUCUUCCUGAGCACUGAGGAUUGAUCCCUUCCAGGCUCAGGAGUGAACCCGGCCCAUCCCUGUUCCCGGGGCGCGCUCCAGAGAGGAGGGAAUGGCCAAGGCUGGAAGGAUGCUGCAAAUCCCAGUCCCUCCCACUCCAAUCUCCAGCACAAAGGGCUUCCCUAACCCCUCCAGCGGGAAUAACUGGAUCACCUGGCUGCCUCCUGCCGCUCAGUCCCUCUGGAAGUGGGGCUGGGACGUCCCGGGUCCCCCUCUGGUCCUGCUGGAGCCAAAGGGAACGGGUUGGAAUAAACUAAACCGCAGCUGUCCCUUUUGGUUCUAUCCUUGUUUUUUUGGUUGGGUUUCCUCUGUGUGUCCCUCUGGAUGAUCCAAAGCUCCUGUUUGCCGAUGGAUUUGACCUUUUAACUGUGACUGCUUUCAAUAAAUGGGAAAUGGAGUUUGCA